AUGGUAAUUAUUAACUCCCCCCCCCCCUCCGUGAGUGAACAAAAAAAUUUUGUUCACUCACGGAGGGGGGUUAAUUUUUUGUUUUUAAAAAAAAUUUAUAUAUAAAUUUUCUAAAAAAUUUUUUUUUGAAAUUUAAAAAAAUCCUAAUUUGCAAAAAUUUGAAAGCAAAUAUUAAUUUAAUUUAUAAAAUUUAUGUUUUAAAAUGCAAUUCAUUUAAAAUUAAAUAGAAUUAGCUCUAGAUUUCAUUAUAUUAAUUAUCAUUUAUAUAUCAAAAUUUUUUUCCAUAAAAAUUUUUGUUCACUCACGGAGGGUGGGUUUUUGGGCAAAAAAUGGCGAUUUUUCUAAUGGUUUUGUUCACUCACGGAGGGGGGGAGUAAGAAGAUGCUUAAAAAGCAUCAGGUCACUGAGGAGUCUGGAGAAUAUGUACAACUUACCUUUCUUAAAGCAAGCAAAGUAAAGAAAUUAUUAUUUUAUCUUUGCUAUAUACUGUCCCUUGGUGUCUUUUACCUGUUUGUUCAGUGAUUUAUAAAGCUGAAAAUAUUGCGUUAUAAUUCUUCGACAGUUGGUUCUGCAACCCAUGUCAUGCUUAGAUUAGAUUAAUUAAUCAUUAUUGAGAAGCUCGGCAUCACCUUUAGGGCGCAUUUUUCUCCACCUUGCUUCGUUGUUGGGCAGCCUGUCGCCACCCUCUAAGGGGUAAACUCCUCGUCGCCUGAGGCUCGCAUCGAACGGCGAGUGAAGUGGGCUAGGUCACCGUCCCGUGCGUCAGACUUGCCCUUCCUGAAAAUUCAAAAAAACUGAAUUUUCUGGUCGAGCUGUCGACCGAAAUGGAAUUCGUCGCCAAGGAUGCAACGCCUAGUAUCGCGCUAGGAAGUUGCCCAAUUGGCCAAUAUGAUUUUGCUGGGCUUUCCCUUUCCAACGCUGAACCCAUCUUCCACCAAGAGGUAAAACCUUGGUCCAGGAAUGAGCUGCGGUCAGCCUAUUCCGACUUUGCGCUCCCCAAACUUAGCAAAACCUGGCCGGAUACACAUCACCGAGCGCCAUUCUCCCUUCCACAAGGUCACUAGAUCUCCUCAGCUAACGUGCUAAGAGGGUGGGCUGGUUUUCCUCCAUUUUAAUGUAUAUAUGUCAUGGUCAGAAACAAGGAAAACUUCGAAGAGAUUGUUCCAUUGAGGACCAUUUUUGUCCCGCUGUCAUCCUUGGGAUAUUCUGAUUCUCUUCAAGAAAUUAAACUCAAAACUUUUGUCUACAGGUUUAUCCGUUAUUACGCCACAGAAGAGAAUUUUACAGCGCUGCAGUUCCCUUACACGUUAAUUUAUAAUAAAAUUCAUGAGAGCCUAGGAAAAGGAAUAAUAUAUUAAGUAUUUAAUAGGAAAAUCUCCCUUUUUUCAGUUAAUUAGAAUUAUUUCACUAAAAUCCAGCCCAUCAAAAAGGUCUUAUUUUUGCUAAAAAUUAAUUUUCUAGCAAAUUGCCAUUUUUUAUUUUAAAAUAAAAGGAAUUCAAGAUAAAUCUAUUAUUACAGGCAGACAAGCUUUAUUUGGUCCUUGUCUGGUAGACGUUCCCAUGCCUUCAAUUUGGAAGCUAUUGGUGACUGAGGUAAUCCAUCCUUUUUUUGUGUUCCAAAUUUUUUCUAUAAUAUUGUGGGUUAUCGAGCUUUACUAUUUCUAUUCAGGAAUCAUAUUUUUCAUGUCAAUGCUGUCUCUCUGCACAAAUCUCUAUGAAACCAGAAGAAAUAUCAAGAGUGUAAGAGAGAUGGCCCUCUAUGAGUGUAAAGUCAACGUUUGUAGAGAAAAUCAAUGAAAUGUCCUCAAUUCGAGAGAAAUAGUUCCAGGUGACUUAAUUGAAAUUCCUGAAAACUGCCCUCUUCCAUGCGAUUUAGUAUUAAUAAAAGGCGUCUGCUUACUUCCAGCCCUCUUUUAGCGAACAAAACCGUUGGAACAUUCCCUAUUUUUCUGGUAAAAACUCAUCUCGUAAGCGAACAAAAUUUUUAUGAAAAAAUAUUUCGACAUAUAUAGCCCGAUCUAUAGCGGGAACUGGUUUAUAAGCAAAUUAAAUUAAUUUUUAUCUCAAAUUUUGCGAAAAAAAAUUCUAUAAAAUUUUUCACCUAAUUUUUUUAAAAAAAAAAACUUCAUGAGCGAACACAAUUUUUGUGUUUGCUCACGGAGGGAAGGAGAGUUAGUAGACGAAAGUAUGCUUACUGGUGAGUCUCAACCUAUCCUAAAAGAUGCCCUCCCAAUGUCUUCUCACUUAGUAUACACUUUAGACAAAAAAUAUUCUUUAAGCUCUGGUACAAUUCCUUUAACAUGCAGAGGAGGUGCAAUUGGUGUUGCAACAUCUACAGGGUUUUCUACAGCUAAAGGUGAGCUAGUUAGAUCUAUUUUAUUUCCAAAGCCAAAUAGAUUUAAUUUCUAUGUAGACUCUUUCAAAUUUGUCGGAUUCAUGGGAAUUAUUGGUCUUACAGGCGCACUAUAUUAUCUGGUGUGGUAUAUUGUAAAUGCAGAAGACCCUAUUGAGAUGCUCCUUAGCUGUGGCGACUUAGUUACCACCGUUAUACCACCUGUUUUACCAUUAGCUACCACAAUGAGCACAUCUUUUGCUAUAAAAAGACUAAAAGAUAAAAAAAUCAGCUGCAUUUCUCCACCUGCAGUAAACUCGUCAGGCAGAGUUACAAUUAUUUGCUUUGACAAGACUGGAACUCUCACAGAGGAUUCUAUGACAUUAAAAGGGGCUUGGGACGUCAGCACACAAAAAAUAGAAGACGAAUUAGAAAGAUGCAACCCUGAGCUGCAAGAAAAUAUGGCUUCUUGCCACUCUUUAACAAUGCUUGAUGGAGAGCUCCUAGGUGAUCCUCAAGAAAUUGAAAUUUUUAAUAAGAUUGGUUGGAGGUUUUACCAAUCUGAUGACGAAAACACUCGUUUUAUUAUAGAAAAAGCUCAAUCUCAGAUCUUUGUAAGGUUCAUUUAUCACUUUUCCCCAAUUUUAAAAAGAAUGGCUGUUGUCACAGAAAAUGAAGGAAAAUUAAGAUUACACCUAAAAGGAGCGCCUGAAAAAAUUUCCCCAUCAUGCAUAAACCUUCCUGAAGACUACAACAAGCAGCUUCUACAUCUUACAAGGGCUGGAUAUCGAGUCUUAGCCUGCGCCUAUAAAGAUAUCCCUGAGUUUGACCCAAAAACCCCUAUAGAAGAUAUUGAAAAAGAAGCCACAUUUCUUGGUUUUCUUGUCCUCCAAAACCAAUUAAAGACAGAAACCCACGGAAUCCUAAAAACCCUUGAAGACGCAAAUAUAAGAUGCUAUAUCUCAACUGGGGACGCAUUACUAACAGGGGCAGCUGUUGGGAAAGAAUGCGAAAUUAUCCCAGCAGAAAAUACAGUUUACUAUGGAGAUAUCAUUCAUGAAGAAGUGGAAUGGAGAAAUGAAGAAGGAGACUUGGUUAGCAGCUUUGAAGAUAAGCUGGCUGGGACAAAUGUGUCUUUAGCAUUGACAGGAAGCUUACUUGAGCAUUUAGCGAAUAAUAAGUCAAGAAUGAUACCUGAUAUUGUUAAGAAAGGAGCUGUUUUUGGCAGAAUGUCUCCACAACAAAAAGUCAUCCUUAUUGAGCAGCUACAAACGAGCGAAGCAUUAGUUGCUAUGGUCGGAGAUGGAGCUAAUGACUGUGGAGCUCUCAAAGCAGCUGACGUUGGGCUUAGUUUAAGUGAUCUUGAAGCUUCAAUUGCAGCUCCUUUUACAGGUAAAAAGCUUGAAUGCAUUUUAGAAAUCCUCAAAGAAGGCAGAGCGUCGUUAACUACAAGUUUCCAAUGCUUUAAAUUUAUUACAAUGUACAGCAUCACUGAGUUUGUAUGUGAAAAUUUCUUGUUCCUUAACCACACCAAUUACACUGAGCGCCAGUUCUUAUAUAUGGACAUUUUCUUGAUUUUGCCUUUUUCAAUCUUUAUGGCUUCAACUCCUGCCCAUACAAAACUAUCCAACUAUCUGCCACCAACCGCUUUAUUUUCUGUUGACGUUUUGGUAUCAAUAUGGGGCCAUUUGAUUUUGAUGACAACUACACAAGGUUUUGUAUUUAUGGCGAUGAUUACAAGUGAUUGGUAUACCCCAACCACAGGUGGGUAUGUAGGCGCAGCCGAACCUUGUGUCGAAAACACGGCAAUGUUUUAUGUUUCAGCCACAAUUAUCUGGUAUAUGUGCAUUGUGUUUAGCACUGGCCCGCCGUUCAGAAAAAGCACAUGGAAAAAUUAUUGAUUUACUGGAUUUGCCGCUGUAUCAUUAGCAUGUACUUUGUAUUUAAUCUUGAUCCCUGCAAAAUGGGCUCGGGAUUUUAUGCAAAUGGACUAUAUUCCAGUAAGUUUUCGAUUUAUUUUGCUAAUAAUUCUGGGGUCUGGAUAUGUGGCUAGCUAUUUCUAUGAGAAAUUUGGAGUCAAGAUCGUGGCGAGAUGGAUGAGAAAAAUGAAGCCAUUUAGAAAAAGCAAAUAG